AUGGAGAUAGACACUAAAAUCCUGGAGGAAGAAGAUUUGUUGGAUCCAGAGGAGAGGGAAGAAGAGCAAAAAUGGGCAGAAGAAUUCCGAAAACGUCAGGAAGAAAUGACACGAGAAAGGCGGAAGUACGAGGAGAGAAGAAAAAUUGCAGAGAAAAAAAUUAAUGAACUCAGUUUUCGUUGGAAAAGUUUGGAAAAACGACGAGGAAAACGAGUUCACCAGUAUCUAGAACGAAUGGCUACAAUGGUAGCUGAAAGUAGAACUCCGAGAGGUAUGGAAAGGCGAGAACAUACAGUCACGUGA